ACCAAAGCUUUGAGUUGAGUUAUAGAUGUCUGCUGGAAUCCCCCCCAGCCCCCCACCCCGCAUCCAUUUCACUGUUGAAUCGAUGAAAAUGACAGAGUGCAGGUGCAGCCGCGGCGUGUGUUAGAGCCAGCAGGGGACGGUGUGUGGUGCACUAGGACCGGGGAGAGAUCCUUCUCGUCGUGUGCAUUGCAACUACAGAGCGGAGCUGUGGAGGAAAACCCCCCCCACCAACCACCCCCCAUCGGAUCUGGCCAUUAUAUCCAUACAUUUCUUUUUCCCAUCUCCACCACGACGCGGCUGAGUGCAGAGGAUCGCACCAACCAGUGCGUCUGGGAUGGUCAAGCCCCCAGGAGAGGAUAAGUAAUUAAGCUCGAUUUGCGCAAAAGUCAGCUGUCAGAUUUUUUUCUUUUUAAGGGGGGGUUGAGGGAUCAUUUCGCAGCUUCGCCCCCAUUCAUUUUGGUAUAUAUAUAUUUUUUUAUUGGUUGUGGUAGUGUUUUUUCUUCCCCCCCCCCCCAUGUCUACCAUCAUCGUUUUAUUUCAGGCGCGCAAAGUCACAUCUGCGUAGGAGAGCGCUUGGCGCACUUCUUCCCCAAAAGACAGAGACAAGAUCUCCAUUAUUCUGUUUGGAUUUAAACCGGGACGAUUGGCUGGAUGGGUGACCUCGCCGAGACACAGACUAUCACUGGCUUGCACCCAUUUUAUGGAAACGUGUUCUCUCUAUUGACUUGGAGUUGUGAUGUCCAAAGCCUUCCCCACUGACUGACAGACGGCGUUUUUACCAUUUUGGAAUCGAGCUGAAGGCCGUGAGGACGGGGGGAAGAUGAGACCUCCCAGCCCUCUGCUGAUCCUGCUGUACAUCACGCUGUCCAGGAGUGUGAAGGUGGUCUCUAAGAGAGGCUCAGUGGAUGGCUGUACAGAUUGGUCAGUGGACUACCUUAAGUACAGGGUGCUGCAGGGUGAGCCGGUGCGGCUGAAGUGCGCUCUGUUCUAUGGUUACAUCCGGGCCAACUACAGCCAGGCGCAGAGUGUGGGCCUCAGCCUCAUGUGGUACCGCAGCUCUGGCCUCGGCCACAGUGACUUCGAGGAGCCCAUCUCUUUCGACGGCGUGCGCAUGAGCAAGGAGGAGGAUGCCAUCUGGUUCAGACCUGCUGACCUCCAGGAUGUGGGCCUCUAUUCCUGUGUCUUACGGAACUCAACAUACUGCAUGAAGGUGUCCAUGUCUCUGACUGUGGCGGAAAAUGACACAAAUCUGUGCUACAACUCCAACAUGAGACGAGCUGAGAAGGCUGAGCUCAGCAAGAGUAAAGACAUUCUCUGCCCUGAUAUAGAUGACUAUGUUGAACCUGGCAAAGAGCCUGACAUCACCUGGUACAAGGAGUGCCGUCCAAAGCAGUGGCGUGCCAGCAUCAUCCUGAAGAGAGACAUUCUGUCCAUCCAGGAAGUAAAGGAAGAUGACAUUGGGAAUUAUACCUGCGAAAUCCAGUUUGGUGGUUUUGUAGUCAGGAGGACAACUGAACUCACAGUAACUGCUCCUCUGACCGACAAGCCGCCAAAGAUCCUGUUUCCCUCAGAAAACAAGAUUAGCAAUAUGGAGCUGCAACUAGGGAGCGCUUUGAACCUGACUUGCCGGGCGUUUUUUGGCUACAGCGGUGACGUCAGCCCGCUCAUCUACUGGAUGAAGGGAGAGAAGUUCAUAGAAGACCUAGAUGAAGAGAGAGUCCAGGAGAGUGACAUCAAGGUGGUCAGGGAGCAUCUUGGUGAACAGGAAGUAGCCAUUUCCUUGACUAUUGACUCCUUGGAGGAGGAGGACCUGGGGAAUUAUUCCUGUUAUGUGGAAAAUGGUAAUGGCCGCCGCCAAGCUACCAUCCAGCUCUUCAGGCGGGAGCUCAUGUACACAGUGGAACUGGCAGGAGGGUUGGGAGCGAUCCUGCUGCUGCUCAUCUUUCUCAUCUCCCUCUACAAAUGCUACAAGAUCGAGCUGAUGCUUUUCUAUCGGAGGCACUUUGGCAGCGAGGACGUGGAUGGAGAAAACAAAGACUACGAUGCGUACCUGUCCUACACCAAAGUGGACCCCGACCAGUGGAGUCAGGAAACCAGGGAGGAGGAACGUUUUGCCCUGGAGAUCCUCCCUGACGUCCUGGAGAAACACUACGGCUACAAACUCUUCAUCCCAGAUCGAGACCUCAUUCCAACAGGAACCUACAUAGAGGAUGUGGCACGCUGUGUCGACCAGAGCAAACGCCUCAUCAUAGUCAUGACACCCAACUAUGUGGUGCGUCGAGGCUGGAGCAUCUUUGAGCUGGAGACGCGACUGCGCAACAUGCUGGUGACCGGCGAGAUCAAAGUCAUCCUGAUCGAGUGCGCCGAGUUGCGCGGCAUCAUGAACUACCAGGAGGUAGAGGCUCUUAAGCAUACCAUUAAAACUCUCACUGUCAUCAAGUGGCGCGGCCCCAAGAGCAACAAGCUCAACUCCAAGUUCUGGAAGCAGCUGCAGUACGAGAUGCCGUUCAGGCGCACGGUGCCUAUGCUCACCCACGAGCCGGCGCUGGACGUCAGCGAGCAGGGCCCCUUCGGAGAGCUGCAGACCGUUUCUGCCAUCUCCAUGGCGGCCGCCACUUCCACCGCCAUGGCCACCGCCCACCCGGAGCUGCGUUCCUCUUUCCACAACACCUACCACACCACCAUGAGGCAGAAACACUACUACCGCAGCUACGAGUAUGACAUACCCCCAGGAGGGACCCUGCCACCUCUCUCUUCUCUGGGGAACCAGCACACCUACUGCAACAUCCCACUAACACUGCUGAAUGGACAGAGGCCUCCAGGGAAGAGCCGAGAGCACAGCCUGGAGGAGGCGCACGCUAACAACGCCAUGCUCCCUCUGCUGCCAAGAGAAACCAGCAUCUCCAGCGUCAUCUGGUAAUGAUGAACCGGCUCAGCAGCAGCUGUGGGAAGAUCAGUCAGGAUCAGACGUGGCUGGGCUCAGUCUGGUAGCUCUAAGAAACAUAGUUCAUGCUCGCGAUUUUGGUUGAAAAGUGUUUUGGAUCUAUUCAGUUCCAACUGUCGUUUAGCUAGCAGCAAGUAAUGGAGACACAGCAGGUUUUUGGACACUGCUACCCCUGUUUUUUCAAGAGGACAGCACCUCUCUUACAGGGGAUGUUUUCUAUGUGAAACCGCAGGAGAUAUAAUGAAAACACUGUUCCAUCAUCUAGCGAGAGAUGGACUCGCAAAAACUCCACAUAAAAGAACCAACACUCUAUGGCAAUUGUGCACACACAUGCAGACACAUACACUCACAAAUGUCCAUACACACAAACACAAGGAAAACAGGGUCUUGUACAUAUAUUUCAAUUUAUUUGUAGCAUCAGUGUUUUCCUGUUUUGUUCUUUUGUUUGUUUUAUUCAAUCAUGUUUGUUGCCUUCUCUACCGUAGGACUUUGCUUUAACUUGUUAUACAGAGUUGUAUAUUUUUUAUUGUUUUCUCCUUUUAGUUAGUUUUUUUUUAUUCUUAUUUCAACGCGCUUGUUUGGAAAGCCAGUAUGUCCAUGUACCUGCGCUGUUGUGUUCUUUCGUUUGUUCGUUUUUAAACCGUUGUGUAGUUUAAGAGAACUUUUUUUUUUUAACACUUUUGGAAUUGCCUGGACAUUUCAGGAGCUUUGAGGAGCUGAAACUUCUUUUUGUUUACCUGUAAAAGGUGUAUCUAGUUUAAAAGGAAACUCUCUUUUAAAAAAUCAUAGAAUAUGCAAAAAGAAGGAGGAGCUGGCAAAAAUAUACCGUCUUGUGAGACCGAGAAGGAGGAGCGGUUGGAGGGCAGUGCUAGUCCUCUCCAAUCAGAUAGACCGAUAGACUGGCAGAUCUCUCUCUAAAGCUUCAUAUUUUCUAUUGAAACAAACAGCCUUGCUGUUUUAGAGUGAUAGUGAAAUGCCUCACCUUAAAAAGAAAUCUGUAGAUUAUUUUAAAAAGAAUUCUAUUUUUAUAACAGAAAAGAGUUUGCUUGAGAAGUCAUACUUAUUUGCAUUUCAUCUACCAUAGAAAGGGGAUUUGUGUAUAAGUGUUAUGCUGGUUUUGUAUCCUUGCAAUGUGAUUCCUGGUUUGUUAAGAGGUUAAGGUGGCUUUUGAAUCCCACACAAAAAAAAUAUGUCCUCUAUUGUUCUAGAUUCAAAAGUAAAGCAUUUUCAAUGUUUUGGUUUUUAAAACAUAUUAUUCCCAUCCUGAUAAUUACUUUGGUUCAUAUGGAUAGUUCAUGUUUAAGGAAAGAAAAGAAAACAUUUGUGUUUUGAAAGACUUUUUAAAUAUAUUUGAAGGUGUGAUUUUUGAGUAUGCAUAGCAAAUAGAUAUGUAUUCUAUAUAUAAUAUAGAUAUUUAUAUAAAUAUAUAAACACGAUUUUCACUUGGAAAGAAAUGUCUAUCUUUAUAGAAACACAAUCAUUAUCAGUUGCCCUUACUUUCUCACUGCACAUUAAAAACAUUGAUUUCC